GGGUAUGUGUAGUGUGUACUGAGAUUUGACCUUUUCACUAUUUAUUGCACAUAUAAAUGAAAUGUAAUCACCAACUAAUUCAUUGCUCUGGAAAUAGUUUUCUGAAUUAUCUAUUCUCCUAUCCAGACACAAUAAAUACUACCAAAUUAAAGCUCAAAUUCAAUCACUCAUUCAGAAUGGAGUUGGAGGGUGAGAAGAAGGAUGGCAAGGUGAUGAAGAGCUCUUCCCGGCUUCCUUCACCGCCAUCGCCGGAAUCACUUUCCGGCGACAUAAAGCACGGCGGCGACAAGAUGACAACCAAGACAAAACCCGGUGGAUGGAAAUCCAUGCCUUUCAUCCUAGGCACGGAUACGUUUGAGAGACUAGGGUCGUUUGGGCUAACGGCGAACUUCACGGUGUUCUUGCUCAAUGUGUUUCACUUGAACAUAGUCUCAGCUUCCAACAUGCUGAACAUUUGGUCGAGCAUUUCCAACUUCACGCCGUUAAUUGGUGCCUUCAUCUCUGAUGCCUAUAUCGGCAAAUUCUGGACCAUUGCCAUCGCCUCCUUUGCUCAAUUCCUGGGAAUGGUGACGAUGACCACCAUAGUCUCCCGCCCGGGGAUGCUUCCACCGCCAUGCACGGUGGGCAGUCCGCAAUGCGAGGGCCCGACCCGUUCUCAGCUGGGCUAUCUCAUAAUGGGGAUGGGCUUCCUGUCCAUCGGCACCGGCGGAAUCCGGCCGUGCAGCAUCCCGUUCGGCGUGGACCAGUUCGACUCGACGACGCCGGAAGGCCGGAAAGGCAUCACCAGCUUCUUCAACUGGUACUACAUGUCGAUGACGGUGGUGCUCAUAAUCUGCCUCACGGUGGCGGUUUAUAUCCAGGAAAACGUGAGCUGGGUGAUCGGGUUCGGGAUCCCCACCGGGCUCAUGGUCAUCGGGAUCGGGCUGUUCUUUCUCGGCAUGCGCCGCUACGUUCGUGUGAAGCCGGAAGGGAGCGUGUUUUCCAGUGUAGCUCGGGUGUUGGUGGCGGCUUAUAGGAAGCGCAGAGUUAGGCUCCCGGAGGAUGGUGCCGCCGCCGGUGUUUAUUAUGAUCCGCCGCUGCCGCCCGGCUCGACUAAGCUUCCACUCACCAAGGAUUACGGGUUCUUAAGCAAAGCAGCGGUAGUAAUGGACGGAGAUGUGACCGGCGACGGAAAAUGCAGAAACCGGUGGAGGCUAUGCAGCAUUCAAGAAACAGAAGAAGUGAAAUGCAUAGCGCGAGUGAUCCCAAUCUGGCCGGCCGGAAUCGCCUGCUCACUCGCCAUAGUCCAGCAGAUCACCUUCACAGUCAACCAAGCUCGCCAAAUGAACCGCCACCUCGGCCGCCGCUUCCAAAUCCCGGCCGGCUCCCUCUUCGUCGUCUCCCUCCUCACCAUCUCGCUCUGGCUCCCCUUCUACGACCGCGUCCUCGUCCCGUGGGCCCGGAAGCGCACGCGCAUAAUCGGCGGCAUCACGAUUCUCCAGAGGAUGGGCAUCGGGCUGGGUUUCUCGAUUCUCGCCAUGGCGGUGGCGGGUUCCGUCGAGAUCAAACGACGCGCCGCCGCGAACGGCGGCGCGCCGCCCCUCUCCGUGGCGUGGCUGUUCCCGCAGCUCAUGGUGAUGGGCUUCGCCGAGGCGUUCAACAUCCUCGGACAGAUCGAGUUCUACAACAAGGAGUUCCCGGAGAACAUGAUCAGCAUCGGAAACUCCCUGACCUCCGUCACGUGGGGCGUCGCCGGUUACGUGAGCACCAUACUGGUCAACACCGUGCACAAGACCACGGGGGUCCACGGCCGGCCGGACUGGCUAAACGACGACAUUAACGCCGGCAGGCUGGAAAAUUUCUACUUUGUUAUCGCCGGCAUGGGAGCUGUGAAUUUAGUGUACUUUGUGCUCGUUGCUCGGAGAUACCGCUACAAGAGCAAAGUGUGGGUUGAUGAUGAUGAUGAGAAUGGCGAUAAUGGUGACCUAAAAGUGUAAUAAUAGUAGUGUGAGUGAAUAUCCAUGCUUUUACUAUAAACACAUAAUAAUAAAGAAAAGCAUGAAGGUUAGGUUAUGAAGAAAUCUAGUUAUAAUUUUGUGAUGAUUUAGUGACUUAAUUGUAACUUUUUAAUUUUACAAUAUUGAUUAGAUGAGUGAUAAUAUCUGAAUUCAAAUCUAA